GUGCGGCAGGGUAUGACUUUGCACAGUUGUCUGAUUAAAGCCUUGCAGGUGCGAGGCCUGCAGCCAGAGUGCUGUGCCGUCUUCAGGCUCCAUCCAGGCCAGAGGAGUAAAAAAUUACGCAUGGAUUGGAAUACAGACUCCACCUCACUAAUUGGGGAAGAGCUGUUAGUUGAGUUAGAUCAUGUUCCAUUGACGACACACAAUUUUGUCCGGAAAACAUAUCUGAAGCUAGCCUUCUGUGAUAUUUGCCAGAAGUUUCUUUUGAAUGGUUUCCGUUGCCAAACAUGUGGCUACAAAUUCCAUGAGCAUUGUAGCACCAUACCGACGAUGUGUGUGGACUGGAGCAACAUCAGACAGCUCCUGUUGUUUCCAACGCCUGGUGAAAGUGGUGCUCCGUCACUGCCCCCACUCACAUCACGGCGUGUCAGAGAAUCCUUGACACGGUUUCCUAGCUCAGUGCACCGUUACUCCACCCCUCAUGCGUUCAACUACAGCACACCAUACCCAUCAACAGGAGGCGCACUCUCACAGAGGCAGCGCUCCACUUCGACACCAAAUGUCCACAUGGUUAGCACUACCCUGCCUGUAGACAGCACCAUGAUUGAGCUAGACUGCCUGAGUACUUCCCCCAGUUCCUGGUGCCACAGAUUCUGGUUGAAGAGGAAAGUAGGUAUUGUGUACUUCUCCCAGUCUUUUGCUGAGGCUUCACCUGAGAAUCCAGACAAGGAUGCAAUGCGAGAUCAUGACUCUGCAGGGAGUUCCCCCAGCCAAAGCCCCACGGGGUGGUCCAAAAUCCCUGCACCUGCCCAGAGAGAGAAGGCCCCAUCCUUCAACACUCAGGAGAAAAAUAAAAUUAGGCCACGGGAUAAGCGGGAUUCUAGUUACUACUGGGAGAUCGAGGCCAGUGAAGUGUACUUGCACUCCCGCAUUGGUUCAGGCUCCUUUGGAACUGUCUACAAAGGGAAAUGGCAUGGUGAUGUAGCAGUGAAGAUUUUAAAGGUGACUGACCCAACGCCGGAGCAGUUCCAGGCAUUCAGAAAUGAGGUGGCUGUCCUGAGGAAAACACGACACGUCAACAUCCUCUUAUUCAUGGGUUACAUGACAAAGGACAACCUGGCUAUUGUGACCCAGUGGUGUGAGGGCAGUAGCCUCUAUAAACAUAUCCAUGUCCUGGAGACAAAUUUCAAGAUGAUCCAGCUCAUAGACAUCGCCAGGCAGACGGCUCAGGGCAUGGACUAUUUGCAUGCAAAGAACAUCAUUCAUCGUGACAUGAAGUCCAACAACAUUUUUUUGCAUGAAGGACUGACUGUGAAAAUUGGGGACUUUGGUCUGGCUACGGUGAAGGCCAGGUGGAGCGGCUCACAUCAGGUGGAGCAGCCUUCAGGAUCUAUUCUUUGGAUGGCUCCUGAGGUCAUACGGAUGCAGGAUAACAAUCCCUACAGCUUCCAGUCUGAUGUCUAUUCCUAUGGAAUUGUCCUGUACGAGCUCAUGACAGGAGAGCUCCCAUACUCACAGAUAGCAAACAGAGAUCAGAUUAUCUUCAUGGUGGGAAGAGGCUAUUUGUCCCCAGACCUCAGCAAGCUCUUCAAGAACUGCCCUAAAGCCAUGAAACGGUUGGUGGCUGAUUGCAUCAAGAAGUCCAAGGAUGAGAGGCCGCUCUUCCCACAGAUCUUGUCAUCCAUUGAGCUUCUCCAGCAUGCCCUCCCCAAGAUCAACCGCAGUGCCUCAGAACCGUCCCUGCACAGAGCCUCUCACACUGAAGAUAUCAAUACCUGCACUCUGACCUCCACCAGACUGCCCGUCUUCUAGAGACGCCACGUCUCCUCUUUGAAAUACCCCACAUAUUCCAAAUGGCUCGUGCACCAAAAAGAGGUGUAUAUCACAUACUUGUUCUAGUUAUUUUGUGGGGGGAGGAGUAAGGGAUAGAAAUGCAACAGACAGAUUAUGAAAGGGAUCUUCAAAUGUUGGACUACAGAUUUUGAGAAAAAGGUAAAAGACGUACCUGUUGAAAUGGUGCCUUGCCCCCUCUCUGCACCUGUCAGGUUACGCGGAAGGCUCCGCUGUGUCAACGCGUUUGUUCAAAUUUGUAAAUACAUACAAGCAUGGGUGCUGAAGGAAGCUGAACCUUCUGAGUCAUUUUUCUCUCUUAACUUGGGGCCUUGUGCCGUGAAGCACACUCUCCCGCAUGGCUGCCUUGGUUUCUGAUGAAGAGGACCUACCAGGCUUACAUGCUUUAAAAGCCUGGACUGAGAUCCUGCACAACUUCACCGCUACUUGUCAAAGACAAAUCUGUUGGACAUAGUACUUUUAUUGCACAGCUGUAGUUGUUUUUGCAUUGUCUUAAUUAAUGAGAAUGGAGAUAGAGGAUUUUUUUUUUUUUACUUCUUUUAAAAGUCUUCUGUUUUGGGGUCGUUCGUUUGGCUGGAUAGAGCACGAGUGGUGAAGGAAAGCUUUGAAUUUGCACAUUUUGGCAAAAGCAGUGGCCAUGGUUUGUGGCUCUGUGCAAACUGAUUUGUAGAUAUCAUCAUCAUCAUCGCAUAUCGGUCCUUACCUUGGGCAGGUUAUCAUGAGCUGGCAGUUGUCUUAAAUAUUUAAAAUGAUUUGGAAACUAAUUUGUAUUUUUGUGUGUCAUGUCUCUAUCAGGAGGAUAAACCUUUUUUUUGUAAACUUCAUGAGAAAGUUGUCUAUUCAAUAUUUUAAUAAAAUUAAGUUAAAUUUCUUUGCCAAAUUA